AUGGUUUUGACAGUGCUCAUGGGAGUCGAGGGUGAUAUUGUGGUGGGAGGCUCUCGGUUGCUCGAAGGUUACGAUGAUGGCAUUCUGCAUGACAUGCCCAAUGCAACUUUUCUCCGAUGGUGCGCUGAUGGAUUGUGCUGGAUUCGAUUCAAUUGCAGCUUUACUUGUUCUGUCACGGAAGGAGACCUGAUAAUCCAACCUUCUGCUUCUUCCUUCUGCAGGCUUGUCACUGGCUUGGUGCAAUGUCUGGUUGGUGUGGUUCUAGUAUUCGAUUCAUUUAUGCUCUCCAUGCAAUCUACCACUGUCAUUGACUUGGUUCUCAACUUGACGGCCUUGUACUUCAUUCAGGAGGUAGAUGAGAUUGCUUUCGCACUGGCAGAUAUGGGAAUCCUAUCGAGUCAGAUUCAGGCGGAUUGCGAGAAGGACAAGAAUUUGAAGCAAGUCUCGCCGCCAGAGUUCAUAGCUCGGUGCACAUUACAAUUUGGAGACGCGUUCUUGCCCGAGAUGGCGUAUUAUUCUGGCCAAUUCCACCAUCAAGGUUUUGGUUGGAGCGAUAGUGAAAACGACCGUGUUACUUAUAUUGAUGAUACAGGUAAACUGAAGCUUGCCUACUGCAAUUCGGCGACUGCCUGGACAAUCUCCUGGGUAGAAAACGGAUCGUCUUCGUGCAACUACAUCUUCAAGAGUUCCAAUACAGACACAUUUGAUGUUGCGGAAGUUGCGGAAGUUGACAAUUGGGUGGUUAAGACCAACACCACAGGCGAUGUGCCUGUCGACUGGCUGAAAUUGGUUUGUAACGAUUUCACCCCGGAGCUUUGCAAUGAGGCGUAUGGCAUUUGUAAAGUCGACAACAGUACAGGCUCCAAAUUGAACAAAUGUGAAUGCAAAUCGAAAGAUCGACAAGGCUUGAAUUGUGAUUUGCCGGUGACUUGUCGUUACUUUGAUCUCGAUGCUCGAACAUCGGACGGACUAGCCGCUCAACCUGGCGGGUAUUUCCUAACUCAAAAGGAGUUUGUGGAUCUGAGUUUUGUCCCGGCCUUUGAUUAUGGCAUCACAAUGAUGCGCCAUCGAAACAUGUAUGCCCCUUAUAUGAUGGACUCAACGAGGAUGGAGUGUCCACAGUGGAAGCAAACAUCACCACAUUCAUGCUUUUUUCUGGAAGGCGGUGGCUUGCCAGAGGGGUCGUCCGAGUAUUUGGUCAACGACGAAUUCAUCUCUCUUCUGCGGGACAACGAUCCUGCCAACAAUCCGGUCGCAACGUUGACGAACAUAAGCAAAACGUACCCUCACUUUGAGCCUUUGUUUUUCAGCUCUCCUGUGAACUACUUCGUACCGGUAUGGAUCCAGGCUCCUUCUGAGGCAAACUGGACACCUUGUAUGCACUCGUCAGCAGAGGUACGGCCUAAAGGUGCUUAA